UCAUUUUAAGACCAAGAGUAGUUUAAAAACAGAAAAUUCUGACAGAAAUCCCGCUAAACGGGCACAUAAUCCAAACAUUGUGCAAGAAAAUGAGCUCCUACUCAUCAAACUAUCUACGCCUACUAUCACUUACAAAGCUCUUAACAUCUCACGUCAACAAUGCUCGUCACGACCAAGCCCUUUCUCUCUUCCACCACAUUCACUCCACUCUCUCUCUCGACCCCUUUGUCUUCCCCCUUGCUCUUAAGUCCUGCGCCGCCAUUAAUCGCCCUCUUCUCGCCACUUCCAUUCAUUCCCACCUCAUCAAAACCUCCCACAUCACAAAUAACCCUUACAUUGCGUGUGCCCUUAUCGAUAUGUAUGGCAAAUGUGUGUCUAUCGCGUCUGCACGCCAAGUGUUUGAUGAAAUGCCUGAGAGAAAUGUGGUUAUGUGGAAUGCUAUGAUUUCGAUAUAUGUGCAUUGUAGUGAUCAGGUGGGAAAAGGGUUGGAGUUGUUUGAGGUUAUGGAUGUUUUGCCUAAUCAGUCCACGUUUAAUUCGAUUAUAGCGGGGUUGAGUGAGGUGGAGGAUGGGUCGUAUAAGGCGAUUGAGUUUUAUAGACGGAUGAGGGCGUUGGGGUUGAAAGCUAAUUUGAUUACUGUUCUUGCUUUGAUGAAUGCUUGUGUGGGGAUGGGGGUUUUGAAUAUGGUUAAGGAGGUUCAUGGGUAUUCGAUAAGGAAUGAUAUUGAUUGGCAUGCGCAUUUUAGGAGUGGAUUGGUGGAGGCGUAUGGGCGGUGUGGGUGUCUUGAUAAUGCAUGUGUUGUGUUUCGGAGUUUGCAAGAGAGGGAUGUGGUUGCAUGGAGUAGUUUUAUUUCUGCGUAUGCGUUUCAUGGGGAGGCAAGAACUGCGCUUAAAAUCUUUGAAGAAAUGGAAAUGGCUAAAGUAAAGCCUGACGCGAUUGCUUUUCUUGGAGUGUUGAAAGCUUGUAGUCAUGCUGGAUUGCCUGAUGAAGCAAGAAUGUAUUUUGCUCGUAUGCAUGAUGAGUAUGGUGUUGAACCAAGAAGCGAUCACUAUGCAUGUUUAGUGGAUGUUUUGGGUAGAUCAGGGAGAUUACAUGAGGCAUACGAAGUCAUUAGAGGAAUGCCAGUGAAGGUGACUGCAAAAGCUUGGGGAGCUCUUCUAGCUGGUUGUCGAACUUAUGGAGAAGUGGAGCUGGCAGAAAUUGCAGGGAGGGCAUUGUUUGAGUUAGAACCUGAUAAUGCUGCAAAUUACGUGAUAUUGUCCAGAAUAUAUGGAAAUGUUGGGCGUCGCGAUGAGGCGCAGAAAAUUAGAAGAGAAAUGGAAAAAAGAAAAUUGAAGGUGGCACCUGGUAGUAGCUGGGUUUUCAAUCAUGACUGAUGCCAUAUGUGGAUUGGGGGAAUUGUAUGUAUAUACUAUAGCUGGAAUGAUCCUCCUGCUUUAGAUUCUCGGUAUUGGAAUACACUAUCCUGUCAUCCUGAUUCCUGUAUCAUAAAUUUUGAAACAUCAGUAAAUGAAAACCUUCUCCUUUGUUCUUUUGUCAUUCAUAUAUU